GCUGCUCUUUUUAACUCUUCGGAGUUCUCUCUGGGAGGAAUGGCUGGUGCUGAGGGUUGCUUCUUUUGUGUGUCCAGCAAUGCCUUUGCAAUCCCUCUGCUGCUGCCUCCUCCUCCUCUUCUUGUAGCCCUUCCAGAGGGGCCUCUUUAAACCCCCCUCCAAAAAGGCAAAGGGAACUUUUGCAAAGUCUCUAAGGGCUCUUCCAUCUCUUGCGCGCAACAGGCGCAAAGGAGGCGACCUGGAACUUGGGGGCUUGGAAAAAAGAGCCCCCAAGGGAAGGAAGGGGACCCCCAAAGACCCUAUCUUGGGGAGGGGUUCCAGCCUUUCCCUUUCCCUGGCCUCUUUGCCCCCCUUUGCAAGGAUCGUGGUGGGCUGCUGCCUGCAAGAAAGGAAAACUUGGGGACUCUUGGUGGAGCGCAAAGGCAAGGCAGAGGGAGCGCCUCUCCUCCUAGGCUCCUGCUGCCUUUCCUUUGCAAGGUUGAUUUUUGGGGAGGGGUCUGAGCCCCCCAAGUCUGGGAGCAGGAGGCCCAGGAGAGCUCCAGCCCUUGCCCAGGUCUCCUCCCUCCCUUCUUCCCAGGUGAGUCAAGAGGAGGAGGAAGAGGAGGAGCAGGAGGAAGGAAGGAAGGCAGCCUGGAUCCGGAGAGGCUGCUUGGGCUUCUGCAGGGAGCCACCUGCGCCUUGGCCAGGGUUCAGUGCCCAGACACACUCUCACAUCAUGGCGAAGGAUGAGGGAUACUGCAACCUGUGUGCCACCUGCUUGCUGGGUUUUUAUACCUGCCGCUGGAGUCGCAACAAGAAAGGCCUGGCCACCAGCAAAUGUGACUGUGCCUGGGUCUUCUUCCUCUUCUUCGUGUGCCUUUUCACCCUGGCCUGGUUGUAUUUCGCCCUCGUGACCCUCAACGAUUUCCACAACCUCAAUGAGUUCAUUUUCCGCAAGACAGACUGGUGGCUGGACUGGUCAGUGGUCAUGAUAUCUGCAACGGCGACGCUGGUGACCUACUCCUCCCUGCUCCUGGUUCUAGCAAUCUGCCUACAGCUCUGCCACCAGCCUCUGAACCUCCAUUGGCUACACAAGGGUCUCCUUGUUUUGACGGUACUUGCAGUGGCUGCUGCUUUUGUGGGGCUGGAAGUCCAAUGGUCAGAGCAGUGGGAAAGCGCCCGCAUCUCCCUUCAGGCUUUGGGUCCCUUCCUGCACAUCGGAGCUGUGGUGGGCAUGACCUUCCUCGCCUGGCCAGUAGCCAGCUGCUUUUACCGUACAUCCCAUACAGCUCUCAAGAUCCUUCUCCUGCUGGUGUAUCUGGGUGCCGUUUUGGCUUUGUAUCUGGCUCCUCUGGGCAUCGACUCGCCUUGCCUCAUGGAGCCCAGCCAGCUGCCCCCCAAACCGGCUCUCUUUGGGCACCGGGGAGCCCCCAUGCUUGCACCUGAGAACACUCUGAUGUCCUUCCAGAAGGCCAUCCGUUGCGGUGUGAGUGUCUUGGAGACUGACGUCCUGGUGAGUGCGGACAAUGUUCCUUUCCUCAUGCAUGAUGAGAAACUCACCCGGACUACCAAUGUCCAGAAGAUUUUUCCAGAGAGGGCAAAGGCCAAUGCCACUUCUUUCAACUGGAUGGAGUUGCAGCAACUGGAUGCUGGCAGCUGGUUCCUGCAGAAGCGCCCCUUCCCCACAGCAAGUAGCCUCUCAAGUGAGGAUCGGGCCCUGGCAGGCGCCCAGCGGGUCCUGUCCCUCAAGUGGCUGCUGUCUGAGGCCAAGAAGCACAACGUAUCCAUCAUGUUCGACCUCCGGCCAGAAGAUGACCCCCAGUACGAGCGCCUUGUCAACAUCACUGUGGAGACCAUCCUGCGGUCGGGCAUUGCUCCGGAGCAGAUCCUGUGGCUUCCUGACGGUUUUCGCGAACAGGUGAAGCAGCGAGUGCCCAGGUUCCGGCAGAUCUACAAGCGGAAGAGGCUCAGCAAUGAGACGGAGGAGCCGCUGCGCGUCAACCUGCCCUACCAGAACCUGAGCAGCGCAGAAAUCCGGGAAUACCGUCGCGAAAACAUCUCGGUCAACCUCUACGUGGUGAAUGCCCCCUGGCUCUUCUCCGUCUUGUGGUGCACAGGCGCCAGUUCGGUCACCACCAACGCCUGCCAGGUGUUGCAAGGGAUGGAGCGCCCACUCUGGCUGCUGCCUCGUGCCACCUACCAAAUGAUCUGGAUCGUGACAGACUGUGUUUCCUUCUUGCUAAUUGCCUGGGCCUUCCUUUUACUUAAAAGAUGGUCUCGGAGGAAAGAAUCAGCAGGUUCCGACUCGGAUGUCCUCCUGACCAAAAUCCACAGCCUCUUGUCUGAAUGACGUGGGAGCAUGGAGAGCGCACAGGCCUUUUCCUUUCCAGGGCUGGCUUUGGAGCAGGGCUCCCUCUCUCUCUUCUACCAAGGCUGCCUUUUUGGGGGAUGGCUUGAGGUUGGGGGGCCAAGAGGCUGCUGCUGGCAGAACCUGCAAGAGUUGACCUGCCUUGCCCCAGGACCGAGAGGAGCCUCAGCCCAGGACUGGACUUCUGCCCUUCGCCAUGCUGGCUCUUUGCUAACCUGGCAUCUCCCUCGGCAUGGACUUGGGCCCUGGACUGCUUGCGAGAGCAGUGCACCUGAUGCUGCCAUGGAGGGAUAAUGUGUUCGGUGGGAUGGCUGGCAUCUCUCAGUGUUUCUGGAGCACUUUUGAAUAAAGCAACCUAUGCAGGUGGGAAAGACUGGA